AACCGAUAGUUUUGCCUUAGCCUUUGUCAUCGGUCUCUCCGGAAAGAUGGCUUCGGUGGGCUAGUUGGAUCAGAACGACGAAAGGUUAAUGUAGAUAAAUUAGCGAUUCGAUUAGCUUGAUUUGCGAAGUAUUACCACAGCAGAAGUCAUAUUAGGUAGCCCUUAAAAUGCUUCUCCGGGCCGGAGAGCGGUAUGGCGGCGGCCGGUUGAUAUGCUUCAUUAUUGUAUUGAACGCCGUGUUGUUUUCAGGCGGAGUUACAGCAACUCAAGAAGAGAAUAAAGUCAUUCAGGAGCAGCCCGCGGAGCUGCAGAAGGCCACCGUCGGUCUCGCACCCGGCCCGGCAGUGAGAGCCGAUGAACUCAAUAAAGGAAACCUGGGCUUUAUUCAUGCCUUUGUGGCAGCCCUCUCAGUCAUCAUUGUCUCUGAACUGGGAGACAAGACGUUCUUCAUCGCAGCCAUCAUGGCUAUGCGCUACAAUCGCCUCACUGUUUUGGUGGGCGCCAUGUUGGCUCUGGGACUCAUGACGUGUCUGUCAGUCCUGUUUGGUUAUGCCACCACCAUUAUCCCACGGAUCUAUACCUACUACAUAUCGACAGCGCUGUUUGCCAUAUUUGGUUUGAGGAUGCUGAGGGAGGGACUGAGGAUGAGUGCAGAUGAAGGGCAAGAGGAGCUGGAGGAGGUCCAGGCUGAGAUAAAGAAAAAGGAUGAGGAGCUUCAGCGCUAUAAGCUAGCCAACGGCGCACCCGACGUGGAAGCAGGGACGGCGACCAUGUUACCUCAGAGGAAGUGGCACAGCCUGAUCUCACCUAUAUUCAUCCAGGCACUCACCCUCACCUUCCUCGCAGAGUGGGGUGACCGCUCUCAGCUUGCCACUAUUGUGCUGGCUGCAAGAGAGGAUCCAUUUGGAGUAGCAGUUGGAGGAACAUUGGGACACUGUCUGUGCACAGGCCUGGCUGUUAUCGGCGGGAGGAUGGUGGCUCAGAAGAUCUCUGUUAGAACCGUUACAAUCAUUGGUGGAAUUGUUUUCCUUGCCUUUGCGUUCUCCGCCCUCUUUAUUAAGCCCGAUUCUGGAUUCUGAUGGAAGAAUUGGACUCUUGGUUUCAUUUUGUAUAUAUACCACCCAGACCACGUGGAAGAGCGAGAGACUGCACAAAGACUGCAGAUGGCUUGUUUAUAUGUUUGAGUAAAUCUCUUUUGUUUAAGUGAAGUAUGACUGAAUGAAUGAAAGAAAAUCAUUUACUGCUCAUGACUUAAUGAGCAUUUUAGAUUUUUUGCUUAAUCCCUCCAUGUUUUUGUCUUUCUUUACUUUCAACCAGACUCUGUUCUAUUUUUAGAUGAUCAUCAUAUUUCUCCUGACUGUAUGCUGCCUAAAAAAUUAAGUUCCUGGCAUAUUGUAACAUUUUAAAUAACAAAUCAUGAAUCUUGUUUCCUUAUUAUUUUACCAGUUUGAGCAGUGUACUAUGGGUAAAUACUGGCCUGGUACCAUUCUACUUUAUUCAAGUUCAAGCUUACUUGAUUAUAACAACUUUAAAACUAAAACCAGAUGAAGCACUGUCACUCUUCUCUAUGACUGUCUACCCACUGCACAGCAGUGAAUCUACUUAUGUCUCAGGAGUAUUUAGUGGGUAAGAGCCUUAGCAAUAUAAUGGUCAGUACUGAAUUGAAUGCUGAAUUAUUGGAACGGUCUGGUGUCUAAACUGCCUGUUCAUGGUUUGUCCUUUAUUCAUACCAUAUUACCAAAGGCUUGAAAUGUAGUAUGAAAUAAUGUCAGAUCGGAUUGCAUCAUCACAUGUGGCCUUUAAACACCAUCACUGUAUUUACUGGUCAUGAUUGAGCACUCAUGCAUUUCUGCUUUUGUGUCACUGGUCAUAAACUUUUAAGGACUGUCAUGCUUUAGGAAGCUCCCCUGAAAGAAACACACGGCAUAUGUUUGCGUGCUUAUUGUCUAGGAAGACUAAAAUUUAUCAAGUCUGCCCUUUUUUUU